AGGGUUUUGGGAAUUGUUUGUCGCGGAGAUAAUCGCCGAGGGAAAGAGAAGACGGUCAAGACGAAGAGUGCAAACCUACUUUCAGCGCUUUUCCGACCACCAUUGUCGCUUCUUCUUCUUGCUGCAUCAAUAGCUUCUUCGUCUUCUCCCAGUUUUCGAGACCUUGUUUUGUUACAUCUACAUAUAUAUACACAUACUCUCUCUCACACUCAUAUAUCAUACCAGUAAGUAGUGCUUUCGUCGGGGAGAGAACAGUGGUAAUGGGAGGGAAGCGAAAGAAGAGCGAUAGCGAGGGGUUUAUUGGAGACGGAGAAGAAGAAGAUGCGCGCAGUGGGAGAAAGGAGGAUGAGAAUAAGAAGAUGCAAACGAAUGGGCAACAGUUGCUUCCAUCGAUGAUAAAAAACAAGGAGAAGAGAUCUGAGAUCCACGCCAAGCUCAAGCACCAGAAGAAGCUCGAGAAGCGCAAGAAGGUUAAAGCUCGCGACGCUGCUGAGAAGAGAGCCCUUGAGCUCGGUGAGGAGCCUCCGCCGAAACCGAUUCCUCGGACCAUCGAGAAUACCAGAGAAUUGGACGAGACUGUUUGCAAGCCAGAUGAUGAAGAGCUAUUUGCUGGUAAUGAUGCGGAUGAAUUUAGUUCUAUUUUGAAGCAAGAUGUCACUCCGAAGAUAUUGAUUACCACUUGUCGAUUCAAUUCUUCGAGAGGACCUGCUUUUAUUUCAGAGCUUUUGUCUGUGAUCCCAAAUGCUCAUUACUACAAGAGAGGAACCUAUGACUUGAAAAAGAUUGUAGAAUAUGCAAGGAACAAGGACUUCACUUCCAUAAUAGUUGUCCACACUAAUCGCAGAGAACCAGAUGCUCUUCUAAUCAUGGGCUUACCUGAUGGACCCACUGCUCACUUCAAGCUCUCAAAACUUGUUUUGCGCAAGGAUAUUAAGAAUCAUGGAAAUCCAACUGGUCACAAGCCUGAGCUAGUGUUAACUAACUUCACGACACGACUGGGUCAUCGUGUUGGGAGGUUGAUACAAUCACUUUUUCCACAAGAUCCAAAUUUUCGUGGCCGGCGAGUUGUAACCUUCCACAACCAGCGUGAUUUUAUAUUCUUCCGCCAUCAUCGGUACAUUUUUGAAAGCAAAGAAAGUAAACAGAGUUCCUCAGAAGGUAAAAAAGACAAGAAUGCUAAGGAUGAGAAGAUCUCUCAGGAGAAAGUUAUUGCCCGUCUUCAGGAAUGUGGUCCUCGUUUUACGCUGAAGUUGAGCAGUCUGCAGCAUGGAACAUUUGAUACAAAGAGUGGGGAGUACGAGUGGGUUCACAAGCCGGAAAUGGACACUAGCCGCCGGAGAUUUUUCUUGUGAAGUGCUAUGGAAUCUUGCUCUAGAAGCCUUUUUAAGGCGAGGAUAAGAGUUGCCGUGCUGUAACCAGGAAUAAGCUUAGGAAUUUGUACCAUCUGCCAUUAUUGAUGUGCUACACUACCCUUAGCUUCUAAAUUUUUUGUGGUGCAAUUUUUUAUUACCUUUUGAGCAACUUCACAUUGAAUAGAAAAAACUGUAAUUUAUGCAAACACAUAUGCUUCUUCCCUUUAUUAUAUUUUUCUUUCAUGUUUGUGAUGCA